ACAAGCACUGCAGCCCCAACAACAAGCACUGUAGCCCCAACAACAACUGCUCCCCCAACAACGACUGCUUCCCCAACAACAACUGCAGCCCCAACAACAACUGCAGCCCCAACAACAACCACUGCAGCCCCAACAACAACCACUGCUGCCUCCACAUCAACUGAAGCCCCAACAACAACCACUGCAGCCCCAACAAUAACUGCAGCACCGACAACAACCGCCACACCGACAACAACCGCUGCCACCACAACAAAUGCAGCCCCAACAACAACCACUGCAGCCCCAAAAACAACGGCUCCCCCAACAACUGCUGCCCCAACAACGACUGCUGCCACCACAACAACUGCAGCCCCAACAACAACCACUGCAGCCUUAACAACAACCACUGCUGCCUCCACAUCAACUGCAGCCCCAACAACCACCACUGCAGCCCCAACAACUGCUGCCCAAACUACAACCACUGCAGACCCAACAACAACUGUUGCCCCAACAACUGUUGCCCCAACAACAACUGCAGCACUAACAACAACGACUGCAGCCCCAACAACAACCACUGUAGCCCCAACAACAACUGCUGCCCCAACAACAACUGCACCCCCGACAACAACCACUGCAGCCCCAACAACAACUGCUCCCCCAACAACUGCAGCCCCAACAAGGACUGCUGCCACCACAACAACUGCAGCCCCAACAACAACCGCUGAAACCUCAACAACAACCACUGCUGCCCCAACAACCACCACUGAAGCCCCAACAACAACUGAAGCCCCAAAGACUGCAGCCCCAACAACAACCACUGCAGCCCCAACAACCACCACUGCAGCCCCAACAACAACGACUGCAGCCUCAACAACUACUGCUGCUCCAACAACAACGACUGCUGCCACCACAACAACUGCAGCCUCAACAACUGCUGCCCCAACAACGACUGCUCCCCCAACAACUGCUGCCCCAACAACGACUGCUGCCCCCACAACAACUGCAGCCCCAACAACAACCACUGCAGCCUCAACAACCACUGCUGCCCCAACAACAACGACUGCAGCCCCAACAACAACCGCUGCCCCAACGACUGCUGCCACCAUAACAACUGCAGCCCCAACAACAACUGCAGCCCAAACAACAACAACUGCAGCCCCAACAACAACUGCAGCACCGACAACAACCGCCACACCGACAACAACCGCUGCCACCACAACAAAUGCAGCCCAAAUAACAACCACUGCUGCC